GACCACAUGUUAGAUGACUGGUAGGUGUUCAACAGGUUUUCAAAGCUGCACAAGGACGAAAUGACGGCCACAAAAGAAAUGGAGGAUUUUUUCAAAACGGUGGGUGAGGUUAGAGGCCUCAUUGAAAAACUCUCCUGUCAAGCAGACGAUGUGGAGAGAAGACAAGCUGCCAUCCUCACGUCUCCGAGCCAAGACAUGAGACACAAAGAUGAACUGGAGCUGCUGAACAAUGAGUCCAAGAAGAAUGCCAACUUCAUCAGAGCAGCACUAAAAUCGAUGCAGAAGCCUGGGGAUGAGACCGGCGCCACAGUAAUCCACCGUAUUAGGAAGAACCAGCACUCGUACUUGACUCGGUGGUUUGCUGAAGUCAUGAGGGGUUACCAUGAGGCACAAAUUUCCUUCAGAGAAAAAUGUAAGGCCCAAAUUCAGAGACAGCUGGAGAUUGUAAAUAAAAAUACUACAGACCAAGCGUUGGAGGAGAUGCUGCAACAUGACAAUCUUGCCAUCUUCAUAUCUGAUAUCACCUCUAACAGUGAGAUUUCAAGCCAGGCUCUGAAUGAAAUUGAACUUCGCCAUCAGGAAAUCCUCUGCCUUGAGUCCAGCAUUAAAGAGCUGCAUGAGAUAUUUGUUGACACUGCCGUGCUGCUGGAACUCCAGGGCGAGUUAGUCAACAACAUAGAAAGAAAUGUCGCAACUGCUGCAGAGUAUGUAGAAAAAUCAACAGAAGAAACCUUUAAAGCAGUUGCAUACAAGAAAAAUCCUUACAAGAUAGCAUUUCGCCCAAACUUCUUCAAGAACUUCAAGAGAAAUGGUGCUUCUAAAACUGCAGCUGAUCAGAGCACAUCUGACUUAAAUCAUAACUGGGCGCCUGACCCUGUGUAAAUAAUGACUGUACCAAAAGUCCUGAUGUGCAUCAUGGUCUGCUGGAAAGACAGUUUUAUGUGAUUUUAUGUUGCCUGUCUGUUACUCAAGCUCCUUUCUAAAGGAUUUUGAUGAAACUCACUCAUCUGAUUAAAAUGAUUUUGUGGACAAGGCAGCAGCUGCCUGAUCCUGAUACCACCUCUGGACCAUCAAAAGAAAUAAACAGCAAAAAGCAACAUAAUUUUAACUUUUCAGUCAGUGUUUAGAUUCAGUCCUGAGAGUUUAGGUUUUAGAAAUGGCAAAAUAGCUCAGUUUCAUUCUCAACCCAUUUUUAUGCUUCUCUCCACUCUCACAUUUAGCCAGUAGGUGUCAUGUCAACACUACAGUGGACUUUCUCUCCUCUCUGCUGGCCUUUAAAGCUCUGGGGCUACGUAUUGUUAUUUGUUUGUUUUUUUAAUAGUGUAAUAUAAUGUUACAUCACAUUGUGUUAAACUAAGAAAAAUCUCUGCAAACUGAGCAUGCA